UAAAUACCCGAGUGGAAAAUUGACAAUUUGCUUUUUGAAAAUGUCGAUCGAAACUGAACGGUGAUCAAGAUGGACUGCAGCAAGAGAGUCGAGCGCAGGUCUACGCGAUCGUCGACCUCGGGGAAUCGGUUUUCGUCACGAAACACGCGCUCGGAAGCUUUCUACGCCAGCACGGAACCGUUAUCCGUUCGACGCGCAUUGCAUAAUUCCGCCGGCCCAGACCCAGAUACAAAUUCCGCUCCGAAUUCCAAAGGAUCCGCGGAACGCGUCGUUAGAAGGCGUCAGACUUCCGUCCGCCGGGGUCUGGACCAGCCGGGAGGCGAUAGGACCGCGGAAAGUGCGAAGCAAAACAAGCCGACGAACCAAGAAGCGUUACACACCGUGCCGAGGGAUGUGACUGUGUCCCGAAGAGAGAUCCUACGUAGAUACAGCAAAGAGAAGGAAGAUAAGGAAAACCCGGCGAGGUUUUCCGAGACGUUGCGUCACCGUUGGAAGAGACCGGAAAUGGAUAAGGAUCAACAUGAAAGACCAAGGACUUUGCCUUCCAUCGCGAAGAAGUCGAUUAAGGAACUGGGGAAGGGUCAAUCGACGCAGACGGCUCGUAGGGUCUCCAGGCAAGACAUAUUACGUAGACGCGCGAGCGUGGACGUUCCAGUCUCUCGAGGAAGAGGUCGCGGCGAGGAGAAGGUAGAAAGUUCAGAGGCGAAAGGCCCUGGCACCGUGAAAUCCUCCUCCGUUUUCCCGAGGAGGCACCCUGGGUGGGGCAAAGAGGACGAGAGAGAGUCCAGGUCUGUCUGCGAUCUCCUGGCAGUCACCAGCAAACUACAGGACAUCACUCGCGGCCUCGUGCCGAGACCGUCGACCCUGCCUAAGAUAAUACACGCGUCCAGGUCGAGUAAAGAGGAUUGGGUCAGUCACAGGCUGACCAAGGACGCGGUCAGGAAAGAGCCACCUGUUUAUGGCAGGAUACGCAGAAGAAAGACUUCGUUGCCUGCCAAUACCAGCACUGUCAAGGGUUCUUCGUCGUCGGAAAGGGCCGUGGAUGUGGAGUUCAGGACUACUACGAGACACCUUCGCGACCCGGUGCCUGAUACGCCGUACUGCUCGGCAACCCUGCCGCUUGUUGAAAUGAGAACCAACCCCCACAAGAAUGCCGUAUACGCUAAAGUGUCACGGAAAGCGUAUAAAGAUUCACAGAGGUGUGACACUAAUAAGAUCGAAUCGCAAAACGAUAGUAGAAACGAGAACGAGACAGAUGCUAGUCAGAGGACCAUGUCGCGCAGGAGGAUCAUCGAGAAUACGAAAGACUCUUAUGGAGAGGAGGUAGAUUCUAUCGAAAUUCAGUCGGAAUUUCAGUCAGAGAGUCAAUCGUAUCAGGGCAAGGACUUCGACGUUCAAACGAAGAAGGGUUUGAACGAGGUUAAUGAAGCUAACGUGGGUGGCGUACGUGGGAUCGACAGGCGCGAAUCUCGAUCCAGCACUCGAGCCAAAUCAAAGGAGUUAACUAAGACGAGAUCGAAGUCUCAGAGCAGGUUGAUCGAAAACUUUCGCUCGACGCAGCGAGACACCAGGUUGGCGACCACUCUUCCCAGUUAUGUGAAAAGUUCGAGAAAGUGCACCACCGAGAGUCCAUCGGGCAGCAGAAAAUCGCCGAAAGAGACUGACAAGGGGGUUUCAUCUUCGAAACAGAAUAAAGAGAGGUCGAAUUACGUGAAAAAGUCAACGAGCCACGUCAGGGCGUACAGCGACGCGAUCAGUUGUCGCUCCAACUCGCCGGUAACCUCGUCGAUUUUCGGGUUCUGUACCGGGAAGAGAAAAGUGCAAUCAUCCACUAACAGUGCUACGAAAGUCGAUUCCAUCUCCACUUGCCCGACGUGGAACGUGAAAACGGGUGAAUUGGUGUGGUUCGACCCUGGUGUCGGCCACGUGCUACCGGGAGAAGUUUUGGAAUACCACAGAGCGGCGAACGUACUCUCGGUCCAGGCAGUGAUCGCCGGCAAGCCUCAAAUCUUCACCCUCACAAAUCUAAGCGGGGUGAAGCCAAGGCAGGAUCUCGGGCAAAAUGGAGUGGAGGAUAUGAUUCAGUUAACCGACCUGAAUGAAGCUUCGUUAUUAUGGAACUUAAAGAUCCGAUACGACAAGGAAUUAAUAUAUACUUACACGGGAAGCAUAUUGGUCGCGGUCAAUCCUUAUAAAAUGUUCGACAUUUACGGCCUGGACCAGGUAAAGCUUUACGAAGGACGAAUACUCGGCACGCUGCCACCUCACCUAUUCGCGGUGGGCUCUUCGGCCUACAGCCAAGUGACUGCGGCGAACAACGCCAGCGCGAAUCAGGUGGUGGUUAUUUCCGGUGAAUCCGGUUCGGGUAAAACGGAAUCGACGAAACUCGUAAUGCAGUAUCUGGCCGCCGUUAAUCGGGCGCCGAACAACCUCGUCACCGAGCAAAUCCUCGAGGCGACGCCACUGUUGGAAAGUUUCGGGAACGCGAAAACGCCCAGGAACGAUAAUAGUAGUCGUUUCGGAAAGUACUUGGAAGUUUACUUCAGAGAUGGAGUAAUCGUAGGAGGAAGAAUAACUCAAUAUCUUUUAGAAAAAAGUAGAAUAGUGACGCAAGCAUCUGAAGAAAGGAAUUACCAUGUCUUCUAUGAACUCUUGGCUGGUUUGGAUCAGCAACUCAGGGACAAAUACGGAUUACUAACACCAGAUAAAUACUUUUACCUAAACCAGGGUGGUAACUGUGAAAUUGAUGGGAAAAGCGAUACUCAAGAUUUCAAAGCACUCCUAUCAGCGAUGCAGGUGCUGGGAUUCACGUCCGAGGAACAGGACACCAUUUUCAAGAUUCUCGCAAGUGUCCUACACCUUGGGAACGUGUACUUCCACCGGAAGCAGAUGAGACACGGCCAAGAAGGCGUGGAGGUCGGUUCUGACGCCGAGAUUCGUUGGGCGGCUCAUCUGCUUCAAGUAAACUCCGACGGGAUUAUCAGAGCGCUCACUACCAAAACGACGGAAGCCCGGAACGAGAGAGUUUUCACGGCGUUGAACAUCGACCAGGCGCUGGACGCCAGGGACGCGUUCGCCAAGGCUCUGUAUAGUUCCUUGUUCUCCUGGCUAGUAGCACGCGUCAACCACAUCGUCUACAAAGGGACGAAGCAGACGGCGGCGAUUUCGAUACUCGAUAUAUUCGGGUUCGAGAACUUCACCGAGAACAGCCUCGAACAAUUGUGCAUCAACUACGCGAACGAGAAUCUGCAUUUCUAUUUCAACAAGCACAUAUUCAAGCUGGAACAGCAGGAGUACGCGAAGGAAAAAAUAGACUGGACGACUAUUAAUUAUACCGAUAAUUUACCGGUGAUACAUCUAAUCGCUAAAAAGCCAGUUGGCAUUCUCCACCUUCUGGACGACGAGAGCAAUUUUCCCAAAGCGACGGACUUGUCCUUCCUAGAGAAGUGCCACUAUAAUCACGCGUUGAGCGAACUCUAUUCAAGACCGAGGAUGAACUCUGCUGAGUUCGCUAUUAAACACUACGCUGGCCAAGUUUGGUACAACGUCGAUGGAUUCUUGGAUAAAAAUAGAGACACGCUCCGAUCGGACGUGGUGGAAUUAUUAAUAAGCAGCAAGAUACCCAUGGUCAGCAAGAUGUUCCAACAUGUAAGGACGACGCAUGAAGCCAACAAAACUAUGAACAAACCUAAUGGGAGAUUCGUAACUAUGAAACCGAGAACGCCGACUGUGUCUGCUCGGUUUCACGAUAGUCUGCAACAACUUCUGGACUCCAUGUCUCAGUGUAACCCGUGGUUCGUACGGUGUAUAAAACCUAAUACGGAGAAAGCGCCGAUGAAAUUCGACAUGCCCUGCGUGCUGGAGCAACUGCGUUACACAGGAAUGCUCGAGACGAUACGUAUACGAAAAACCGGUUACCCAGUGAGACUUCUAUUCGGCCACUUUGUAGACCGAUACAGAUAUUUGGUUUCCACGCAUCUGCCCCGCGGAGCCCCAAACAAGGAGCUCUGCCGCAUAAUUUUGGACAAAGCUGCACCGAAAGAGGCCCAGUCUCAAUACCAACUCGGGCUUACUAGGGUUUUCUUAAGAGAAUCGUUGGAAAGGACUCUGGAAUACAAUAGAGCCCUGAUUUUGGAAAGGGCUGCCAUAACUGUUCAAAGGUACACCAGAGGGUUCCUCGCCAGGAGAAGGUUCCUAAAUAUCUCGCGGAGCACGGUGCUGAUUCAGGCGGUUUAUCGCGGGUAUCGCAAGAGGAAGAAGUACAACGCGUUGAAGAGGGGCGUUCUUAUGGCACAGAAAUUAUACCGCGGUAAAAAGCAGCGUGAGAAGUUCAAGGUGUUGAAAGAGGAGAUGGCGAAGAGAGCGGAGAUCGAGCGAGCCAGUAAGGAACGCGCCAAAGCGAAACAACAGAGGGAGGAGCAGGAGAGAACUUCUAGAGCCGUCGCCGGCGUCAAUCACUUGGAAAUUCCUGCUGAACUGGCUUUUAUUUACAGCAAACUCGACGACUGGCAGCCCACUCAUUCAGAGAGGAACCUCUUGAAAGUAGUAGGACAAGUGAUACCCAUGCAUCAGAAUUAUAGCUUACCGAACGAUAUCGAUCAAUACCAGUUCUCCAAGUUCACCAACAUUUACUUCAAGAGUCACAUUUUUGGCAUGAAACGGGAGCCCAUAAAGACACCAUUUUUGGCAAAAGCCCGGGACCAAGAUUAUACAGACUCGUUGAUGAUCUUCAAAAUGAUUCUACGCUUUAUGAACGAGAAUAACUUGAGCGGUAAACGGGAACAAGCGUUAGGCGAUUACAUAGUGAACAAAGGAAUUGUUAAUGAGAAACUGAGGGACGAAAUCCUGUGCCAACUUGCGAAUCAAACGUGGAAGAACGAAAACGAUGCUAAUAAGGAGAGAGGAUGGCUGCUGUUGUCAAAUUGUCUGUCAGCGUUUCAACCUAGUGCGACUCUGUUUAAAUAUAUUUUGAAAUUUGUGUCUGACCACGCAUACGAUGGUUACAAGGCGUACUGUCAGAGGAAACUCCUGCAAGGGGAGAGAACUAUAUACCGAAUUAUGAACAGUAAUCAGCAAAUUGUUCAUCAUAUUCCAAGGAAUUAUCCUCCCUGUGUUUUGGAAUGGAGAGCUAAUAGGAAUCGUGUCAACAUGGCUCUGAGCGUGGGAUUCUAUGACGGCGAGACAGUCACCUGCACGGUGGACUCUUGGACGACGUGCGAAGAACUGGCCAAUUUAGCCGUUCACAAUCACGGGGUGGACAAUGCCGGAUGGACCAUCACUCUGUGGAACCAAUUGGAAGGUCCCGACGCGAUCGUUACGGAAACCAACGGAUUCGAUUACGUUUUAGAUUUGAUCUCUGAGAUGGAACUUGCGCCGGCGUUCCCAGCUGCAAAACACAUGUUCUUGGAGCAGCGAAAGAACAGUUAUCCGCCGAUCAAAAAGAGAGAACAUGCACAGAUAAUUCGAGAGCUGGAGCAGGAAAUAGAGCCACCGGUUCUAAAAACGUUCCAACCGCUCGAAAGAAAACCAGUACCGAAGAUUAUGGAUAAACCUGUCGAGCCGGAAAUCCAAUCACCGAGGAGACCGGCCGUUCCACCGCCGCAGCCGCCAGUGGCAAAGCCAUCGGUGAGGAAACAGUCUCACGAAGCGAUGCUAGAAACCACGGCGGACACCGGGCUGUCUCGGAAAUCAGCCCUGAACGACAGAUACUUCGAAAAGGAAAAACAACGCAGUCGUAGUUUGGACAAUUUACUUCAACCGGAAGUGGUCCCAUCUCCGGUGAAGCUAGCAAAUCUGGGAUUGUCUUCGUCGAAGUUAAACGAACGGUAUCACAGCUUGGAAAGGAUUGGCGAGACUUCGGCCGUUAGUAACGUAGAGUACAUGACCAGGAACGAGAUUGCGCAAGAAAGGAAGUACAGUAGAAUAACUCGAACGACAGAACCGAAUAUAGAGGAAGAAGAUUUAACUAUUGAUUUCGAGUACCCGGAUAUUCAAUCGGUCAGUCAGACCGGACGAUCUGAAGACGACAAGAGCAGUUACAUCAGGUCGCAGACUAGAUUCGUCAAGUCUCAGUAUCCCGGUAAACGAGCUCCGCCAGGCAGUCAGUCGAGCCGUGCGUACAUCGAAAAGAGCGAAUACGGUGUGAAAUCGUCUGCCAUGUCCGACACGAGCGAGGCUCCAUCCCUGGCGUCGCACGUAAGGCGAGUCAGGGUGCCUAGUCAAGCCUCGGAUGUGGACCAAUUCUUGGACGAACUGUUUAUGCCAGUUUUGGACGGGAAUUUGGACGAGCUCUCCGACGCCAGGAGUUUGGCGGCUAGUAUCAAAGGAUCGAAGGGUGACCGAACCCAAAAUGCUAUAAUUCUCGAAGACUUAGAAAGGAGGUUUAACAAUCGAGAAACAGGGAUUGAAACGAUGCAAGACUUCAUCGGAUCGAUGAUGAACGCAGAUGGGACAGAGAUUACAGCCAGAGAAUUGUCCGAGAAGAUCAAGGGUGGUGGGAACAUGGAUAUACCGAAUCAGAAUACAAGCUUUAACUUUGGUGCCAUUACGCCGGGGAUGAUGUCACCCCCGAUGAUGAUGCCGAUGUUCAGUCCACCGCAACAAGUGCCCUCGCCUCAGAGUUCGAGUAUGAACAUGAACCCCGGGUUCAUGCCCAUACCAAUUUAUAGCAUGCAAGGACUCAACCUCCCUCAAUACCCGAAUUCACCGCCUAACCAGAGUAACGACAUGAUGGCCUAUCAACAAAACCUGCAGCGAGCUUUCCUUCAAAGCGCCAUGGCUCAGAACAUUCAGAUUCAGCAACAAUUAUUAGCACAGAACCAGGCGCUUCAACAGCUGCUCGUGCAGAGCCCUCAAAAUUCGUCGCAGCCGGGCACGGCAGGCCCCUCCAGUAUGAAUCUUGUCCCCCCAGCCCCCCAAAACGGUGCCCAAAUCGGGCCGAAUGAUUCCAUUGGACGCUACUCCAAGGUAUCCUUUAGAGAGCCAGAGGACGGUGAGCUUUGGUCGACGGAGAAGCAGAACACGCCGACUCAAGCUGCUAGCCAGCGACAAGAGGUGACAGUGAAAGCUCAGAUUCAUCGGUCGCAGAGUCCACCGCGGAAGAACGCUGAAAUUGUUAGGAAGACGAGUGUGGAAUACGCGGUGAGGAAAAUCAGCGUCGAGAGGAAAGUGGGCGAAAAGAAAUCGCCCGGUGCGACGGAUGCCAAGAGGCCGAGUUCUAAUAAGAGCAACGUGCAAAGUAAUUUUACGAACGUGCUGAGCGAAUUGAAGAAUCGUAAAAGUAGCGUCGACAGCAAUUUGUCGAACUCUAGUAACAACAAGGGAGUUCCACCCCCGCCGCCUAUGCCGCCGCCCUUGGAAUCCCACGAUCCAUCAGAAUCGAGGCCUUUCUUAGAUCCUUACGGAAGGGCCAAAACCGUUCGAAUAGGCAAAUGGAGAUGGCCUCCGCCGAGCGACUCGAACGAAAAUCAGAGCCAAGACAGCUUUAUAGAAUUUAAAAUGCGGCAGCAGCAGCAACAACGGAAAAUCACGCCGCAGUAUCAAGAAUAUAAUCAAGGCGACGGUGAGCCGAGCACAGAAGGUGCCGUGGAAUGGGAGGAGUUCGAAAUUGAAAAUAUUGUUGGAAACGAGGACAAAACAGUAGUGACUCACUCGUCCACUCCGAUUUCCAAACAUGAAAAUGGGUAUAAAGAAGAGGGAGAGAAAAAGAAGAAAAAAUCAAAAUCCGCGUUAGAAGUCGGCGCGCAGAGACCGUCGCCAGGAAGUAUAGGAAAACUGAAGCUCAGUUCAGAGAUGAGGCAGAGACUGGAAAAGGUUACGGCGAAUCACAGCGUCAGAUCGACUAAAACCGCCGAGAAACCCGCCCUACCACGCGACGACGCUAAAGUCAAACGUUUAGAAGAUAAUAGGAAGCUUCUCCUCGAACAACAAUUGGGGGGACGAUGGGACGAUUACGCAUCGACGGCUGACGACACGCAAAGCAUUACUUCAAAAGGCACGACCGAUAUGAUGACUCAGGCGCAAGUUGUCAGGACCCAGAUCGAAAGAAUGGAGAGGCCUGUGCCACCUCCGCUUCCUAUUACACCUCCGCAGCCCCCGAGCCCCAGAGGCGGAAGCAUGUACAGCAACAGUCAAUCUGGAGUGCCACAGCCCAGAUCGCCACCAGCCCCGGUGGAGCCGAAGGGUCGAGAUUCCUUUAGAACCUCUCCAGAUUCGGAAACCUUCGAGCAUUUCGCGAAGAAUCAACGCGACAUGUUCAGCCAAAGCCGAGACAUUUUCGCAUCCCAGCAACACUUGCGAGAGAAUCACGAGUACCGGAAUGCACAGGACCAAAAAUCGAAAGACUUUUACGGGAAAGACAGUACCGACAUGGCCAGUUCCGCCAGAGACAGGAGCUCGGAUUUCGAUUCUCGUCGAGACUUCAACUCAGACAUCUUCGAUCCGAAAUACACGAGGGACAUAUUCGAAAAUUCUAAAAGAGACUCUUUCGGAAUGAUCAGGGACGUGUCUCCGAAGUCCAGAGAUAGCUUCGGAAUGCCGACGUCGAGGGACUUUGGCGUGAUGCCCAACACGAGGGAAUCGUUUGCGGCCGCUCGGCAAAGUUUCAAGAAAUUAGACAUGGACAGGAGAUCGAGCGUGGCUUCGACUCAUCGCACGGACAAGAUGGAGAGGAUCGAAAUAGAGGAAUGGCCCGAGUUUCUCAGGCCUGUAAUGCCGCCGGCCGAGAAACCAGAGAUCGAGAAGGUCCAGGAAGUCGUGAACACGAAACUAUAUCCUCAGACGUCGUCGGCUCAUUUCACGUACAACCGAGUGACGUGGACGUUGAGGGUGAAGAAAGAGGUGUUCGCGCCUAACGAAACGCUCAACAGUCCCUUGGCGCUUCACUUGGUAUUCUGUCAAGUCGCGUACGAUGUGCUCGCCACGUCGAGCAUCAGAAUCACGAAGGAGGAUAGGCAGAACAUGCUCAAGAUGCUGGAUAAUUAUGGUGUCACUCUGGACAACUUGCAGAGUACCCAGCACAAGAUUACUAUCAAGAAAAAUGUAGUCGAUAUGGCUAAACAGUGGCCGCUGUACUUCGCGAGGAUAUUCCCAGUGUCCAUUGGGCCUCAGCAUCCAGAGACGCAACACGUGGCCAUCUCUCAUCACGGUCUGCGACUGAUAAAACGCACGACAAGCGGUGACUUAGUUAUUUUGGAAACACUACCAUUAGAAGACAUCGUGUCAGUGAGCUGCCCGAGAAUCGGUGUAUGCGUGUUACAAAUCUCGUCGGGAGUCAGGCUACCCUUGCACACGAAUCGAGCGCCGCAGUUAGCAGAGAUGAUUAACACCUACAUCAGACUGGUUGACCAUAAGCCGCUGCACAAGCCGAACCAUCACGAGAACCAUGUGUCGCAGAUCACGAAAUCCAUCCAGUCGCAGGCGAACCAUAACAGCACGGCGAACCAUGUGCACGGUCAGCCGAAUCACGUUAUCGGUAACCACGAGAGCAAUCACGUGUCCGGUGCUCGUGUGCCGAAUCACGUGUCGGCAACGAAUCAGGCGAAUCAUCAGAAAAACCAGCAGAACCAGCGGCUGAGCUCGAGCCAGCAAGAGUGGCGGCAGCCGGAAGACAACGGCAGAUUGCAAGAGGAUGGCAUAUACGAGACCGGGCCGGUCGUCAACGACGGCAAACACUCUCUGUUGCAGUACGCCAUGCUAAACUUUAGACAGAGCACCGAAAAAUUCGAGAUGCUGAAGACAGCCGAUGGGUCGAUAAGCGGAUCCCUUAAAGUGAUAGAGUCAUUGAAGAGUAAAAAGAAGAACAAGAAGAACAAGGGUCAACCGGACGGCGCGGAAUGGACUUGGAAGGAACAAGUGGACCUUGUGAAAUACUCUCCGGUGCCAAUCGAGCAGAGUCUUUUAAGAUUAGACGCGGAUUUGAGUACCCUGGCAGUCGAGUGCUUCUUGUGUCUAAUGAGGUACAUGGGCGAUCAACCGUUGCCGCCUGAUACCAGCGAAGUUAAAUGCGUUUACACCAUUCUAAUGCAUUGUCACAAGUACGAACAGCUCCGUGACGAGGUAUACUGUCAAUUGAUGAAACAGACCACGAACAACAAGAGCCCGAAUCCCGAGAGCUGCCAACGGGGCUGGAGGAUCUUCAGCAUCGUCGCUGCUUAUUUCACCUGUAGCGAUGGCCUCAGGCCGUACCUUACCAAAUACCUGGAAACCGCGGCCUACGACAAGCGGAGAGCGUAUCAUGGAACAGCAACGGUGUGUCUACAGAACCUAAGGAAAACGGUCAAGUACGGUGGAAGGAAAAACGUGCCAAGCGUGGACGAGAUUAUGGCUAUCAGCGCGGGUAGAAACGCGAAGCGACAGAUUUACAGAUUGCCAGGCGGAACGGAAAGAGUUAUCAACACCAAAUGCACCACUGUUGUCCAGGACGUUAUCGAGGAGAUGUGCAAUAUAAUAUCCGUAAGGAAUCCUCACGAAAUGGACGAGUUUUCGUUAUACUGCAUCGUCGAAGGAGAUGCAUUCACCAUGCCUCUAGCAAGAGACGAAUACGUACUCGACGUAACUACAGAAUUGCAUAAAAAUCAUCAAGUCUUCUAUCUAAUAUUCUGCAGAUCCGUCUGGUAUUAUCCUUUGAGACUGGACGCACCGUUGUAUAUAGAAGUUGUGUUCAAUCAGAUAGCUCCGGAUUACUUGGAGGGUCACCUACUAGUUUUACCCGGCGAACAUUUACCUCAAGAAGUCAUAUAUGAUAUGGCCCAGAUUGCAGCUCUUUUGCACAGGGCAGCUGAUAUGACGUACGAACCGUCCACGAAGGAAAUCAAAUACUUGUUACCAAAACCAGUGCUUAGUUUAAGAGAGCCACGACCGCAGCAGUGGUCGAAUAUGGUUCAACAGGCGUGGAAUAACGUGCAGCAUAAUACAGUGGCAGCUUGCAAAGCUCAGGUACUCGAAAUUUUAUGGAAGUGGCCGCUAUUCGGAUCCAGUUUCUUCGCAGUGAAAAGGGUGCCGGAAGGGAAAGAGAAGGGCGGCGAGCACCUCCUCGCGCUCAACAGACACGGAGUUCAUUUCAUCGACUUAAUCACGCAUGAAACUCUGUAUCAUUAUCUCUAUUCCGAAGUGAUCUCCACUAGGAAAGUGAAAUCAGAAGAAGGAACGCUUUACUUGGACAUGAAAUGCGGCAAUUUGAUGCAGCAGCGCAUCACGAGACUUCAGACUGAACAGGCUCACGAGAUUUCGCGAUUAAUUAGACAGUACAUCACCAUGGAACAAAGAGCGAGCAACGCUCAGGUCGCUGGCGUUGGAUAUGAUGCGUUCUUAGGAUUUUUUAACUGCGCGUAGAAUUUAUGACAGAAGGUAAGGCAAGAGGAUUACAAGAGUUUGUCCGUACCUUGCUGAAGGUACCGUUUUUUAACAUUUUGGAAGUCAUUAGUUAAACGACGAUUCGAAGGUCUCGAGAUACUUAAGGGAAACUUUCGGGUUGUCACAGCACAUAGCUCAUUUUGGCUGGGCUUCUCAGUUUUUUUUUUGUUGGGAAAUGCAACCCCCUCUACUCUUGAUUUUUGCCCCUUCUGCGAUUUUUACGAAGGAGCUUUGUCCAGCAGCGGACAGAUUCAUUGGAGUUUCGUUAAUCAGCAAGAGCACAUCACGCGUAGAAACUCACAGCAAGCGUAGUUCAAGUUAUUGAUUAUUAAGACGCGUAUAUUUAUUGUACAAAAUACAGUCCAUUAGUUUAAUCAAGCAUUGCAUUUUUAUUGUGUAUAAUAUCUAACUCACUCCGCGCAUUCUGGCAUCCGCAUCAAUUACGAUUGUGGACCAGGGCUCAACAGGAUUUGGCAUGAGAUAAAAUUUAUCCAGCGUACCAUAGAAAUAUCAGUGUUUUCAACGCUCUUCGCUUGUUUGAGAAAGUUCAUAGAAAAUUACUCUUUGUUAUUUAUUUAUGAGAGAAUUAGGGAGAGGAGGGAAUUGUAAAAAUUUCGAUUUGUUAAGCAAAAGAAGAAUAGAAAAAUAUAGUUUGAAUCUUACGACUUGUAAAUAUGUCUAGUUAGAAUUGAGGAACAGACAGUUUUAUUCUAUCGUAGAUAGAGUCAUUGUAACUUCAAGUGGCGAUCUAUACGUAAGUUCAUACCUCGAUAAAGACAAAGCGAACGGUGUAUCGCGUUGCAAUGAAUUAUAACAAUAACACGAUGUUCAAACUUUCAGUUUAGUUAUACAGCGUUGAGAAAACUAACGUAAAUUAAUUAUAUAUAACGCUAAUACGUAAAAGGAGAGAGAGUGGGAAAGAGAGGAACGAAUGCUCAAGUCAAGUAUCUAAGCAAUUAAUCUCAGCUCUGUAAAUACGUGUUUAGAAACGAUUAGAAAAAGAAGGGACUGCGUGCGAAGCUGAGAGAGCGACGGUUCAGUGAAACAGUAAUUAACAGAUUUAAUGAAGUUCGAUGUUGGAACACGUCGACGCUCUUGAUGAGAUCUUCCGAUCGAUUCCUUCAUCUCAGCGCUUACAAAUUUCGUUUUGUUCGAUGACUGAAAAAACUGUCAAAUAAUGAGGGAGGUCUUGAUAAGGUAAUCGAUUUAUUUAUAUAAAAUGUGUAAGAAAAGGAAACAAUACGGUACACGACGCAAGAGUUAAUGUAAAUCUGAUUGAAGACUAACAUCUUUCACGAGUACGUUCUGAUGAAGACUAACAAGCUGCGGUUACAUGUUUAUCACAAGGAGACAUUAUUAUUAAUAAUUGUAUGUAUGCGUAUCGAUGUGAACGGAGGUGUUAAAACUUUAUAUUAAAAGUUUCUACAUAUAAAACG